AUGAUGGUAGCUGUGCCCACUAUCGACCUUACACUUGCCGACUCAGAUAAUGAAGACAUAUUCCAUUCCUUUUCAUCUUCAACGAGCACGGAUAAUGUAGAAACUAAAAAAGAAAACACUAAAGCAGGAGAGGUGGCUGCAGAGCUCGCUGGAUGUGAGGGUAGUGCAAAGCAACCACUCUCCCAUACGUACAAGACCAACCCAUCCAGAAAUGAGAGCUCCAAUUUUCCAUCAACGAGUGAGACAAGGACGAAAGAGAUGAUUGAUAAAAAAGACAAUGAAGAAUACUCCAAGGAAGUAAAUCGACUGAACUAUUUGGAAGAAGGAAUGAUAAAACCAUUCAGUGAGAAUAAAAAAGGGCAAGAGAGUAAUUCAAAUGGGGAGAUGAUAAAGUCUUCUCAUGAAGAUAGUCACGUAUGCGUGUCAAAUAAACAUGAAAAAACUGGUCGGGGUAAAGUAAUGGACCAAGAGGAGUUAAAAAAAGACAAGCAUAAUGUCAUUUUUUCUUCAUACCUUUCCAAAAGCUACGGUGGCAGCGAAGAUGAUUUCGAACCAAAUACUGGUCAAUGUGGUAACGUUAGUUUUAAAGAAGUGAAUUUGGACCUCAACAAUAAAUCUUUGGAAAAGCAGUUUAAUAAUGUUGAAACAGGGGAGAAUCGUUUGGAAAGCGGAGACAAGGAUCAAGUAAAAGGAUAUGUAGCCAUGAAUCACAACGCUUUAUCUUUUGAACUACCUGCAGAUCAGAAAUAUAUUGCCGAAAGUGAUUGUAAAGAAAGCAUACCGUGUGUUCUUGAUGGGCGAAAAAUGGCAGCGUUAGCAUCUAAGCAAGAGUCCGUUGUAAAUGUCCUUGAAAAUGAAACGGAUAAUGCAAGGCAGGAAAUGACAAUUCGACUUCCAGGGCUCCAAAGUAGUGUGCCUUUACUCGAACAGGACCAAAGUGAACUAUUCAAACACCUCAGUGAGCAACCUAUCGAUAUUGAUCACGUUGAUAGUAAAAACAAAAGAAAGUAUAAUGAUAGUUUGGAAGAUAAUAGAGUACUCAAGAGACUGAUAUUACCCUUGAAACACUUGGACGAUAGGAUUAAUGAUAUACGUGUUCCUGCACAGAAAGAUGGUACAAUCAUCAUUCUCUCAGAUGAGGAAGAAUCGGAUGUUAGUAUGCAUGAUUCAGAGAAUAACCAGAAAGCUCUUGAACUAAAUACUACUGAUGAGUUAAAUAAUAAUAUUCCAGAAGUGAUAUCUUUACUUGAUCUUCCCAAUAUUGACUUGGCCAGUCCGGUAAUAAAAGAGAUUGAUAACAAUAAUCUACAGAUAUUACCAGAAACAGGCACACAAACCUCGAAUUCACCAGCUAUUAAUGAGGCUACCAUUACAGAGAAGACUGCCCAAUCUCCAAACCAAGAGGAAUUUUCACUAGACACUUUAAAAAAGAAUCAUCAGAAAUUACUUACGGAAUUAAAUUUUAAGGAAACAGAGCUACGUAAUGCUCUCAAUUCCUCUAGGACGAACUCAGAAAUUUUAAAGAAAAAACUGACUAGGAGAGAAAAAGGUGUUUCUGAAGCUGAAAAACAUUGGCAAUUAUUGUCAACGUCGAUGACCAGAGGUGGAAGAACCAUCAGUUCAACUCAGCAGAUUUUGAUAAAUGAAGCUCAAAACCAAUUAAACAGACUAAAGGAGAAAAGGCAGUUGACAAAGGCGAAACUAGAUUCAAUCAAUAUGAGAAUGUACAACUAUAAUGAACAGUGGAAGUCCUUCGUGCAUUCAAGAAAUAUAAAGCUAAAUAAAUCUCUAACCACUCUUGAGCGAUCGAUCAGAGACUACCAAGCUUCUACGACUGUAAAUCAAAGGAACGAAUGUCUGGCCGAAAAGGAGAAACUCGACCAGAUGUUAAAAGAAGGGACGCUAAGUUUCAGUACCUACAAGCGACUAACAGGCGAGAUCCAACAGAAGUUGAAUGAUUUGAAAUUGGAAGAUCAAAGCAAAAUCGACAGCAACCGCAUUGUGCCAUUGGUACAGCAACCUUUGGCAGUGAGAGACUUAUUUGUGAAAUCUAUUGAUACUGCGAAAAACCUUCUCGCUAAAAACACAUCAAGGACAGAAAUGACGAAAAAUAUUCUUUAUAAACACCUGGACAAUUUGACUUCGUAUAAGAAUUUCUUCGAAAGUGGUAAAUCCUUAGUAGAUGUAAAUAGAAGAAAUAAUGCGCAUGAAUCGGCCCAUAUAUUAUUCACCAAUGGUGUAAAAAUGCCUAUCGUUUUUGAAACAUUGCAAGAUUACGGUAUAAAGUUUUCUAAUCCGGCCAUCGUCAAUCCUGACAGAAGGGCUCAAUAUUUCAAAAGCAUUGAAGUUGCUCGAGAUCUUAUUUCGAAAUCCAAUAGAUCAGAGGAUACCAAACGAAAAAUUACUCGAUUCCUAAAUAUCCUGGAGGAAUUUCGGAAGGAUAUUGACACUGGAUUUCCGCCAACUCCUCUAAAGAGAGAAGGUGUUGGAAAAGCUGUUGUUGGCUUGAGAGAACAAGGACUUAAGAUGGAAAGAUUGUAUGACAAUUUGAGAAGAUAUAAAAUUCCUCUAACAAAUGAAGAGCUACUACAACAGAGCUACUUAUUUCCAGCAAACAUGGAUCAACCACUUCCUUCUAACUGGAAUCGUUUGCAAAACACAGAAAAUUCAGGUCUUAUAAGCAACAAUAUGUCGAUGCAAGAUGAAUUUCACAUUUCGAAUAUGCAUGCCGCCGAAGAUCAAGAACAGAUCAGAGCGCUCUUGGAGAAUGUCAAACAAUCAGAAUCAGUUAUCGAUGGCGAAGCACUUACUCCAGAGGACAUGACCGUAAACUUACUAAAACAUCAGAGACUUGGGCUACACUGGUUGUUACAAGUAGAAAACUCUGCAAAAAAAGGUGGUCUACUUGCUGAUGAUAUGGGUCUAGGUAAAACUAUUCAGGCCAUUGCAUUAAUGUUGGCUAAUCGAUCAGAUAAUCCUAACUGUCAAACUAACCUGAUAAUCGCACCAGUUUCUGUUCUAAGAGUUUGGAAAGGUGAACUAGAAACGAAAGUGAAAAAGCACGCGAAAUUUAGUACAUUUAUAUUUGGGGGAUCCGGUAACGGAAAAGUCAAACACUGGAAGGAUUUAUCAAGAUAUGAUGCCGUCUUGGUAUCUUAUCAGACCUUAGCAAACGAAUUUAAAAAACAUUGGCCAAAAAAACUGGAUGGUGAACAAAAACAACUACCUGCCGUUCCUCAUAUUCAAGCUUUAAAUAGGUUGAAAACUUCCAAUGAGUACUACUCUCCGUUUUACUGUAAUGAGUCGACUUUCUACAGGAUUUUAUUAGAUGAAGGUCAAAAUAUAAAGAACAAAAAUACAAGGGCCUCUAAGGCAUGUUGUACAAUAAACGGUAUGUAUAGAUGGAUUCUAUCCGGUACACCAAUUCAAAAUAAUAUGGAUGAGCUUUAUUCCUUGAUAAGAUUUUUAAGGAUUCCACCUUACCACAAGGAGCAACGGUUUAAAUUAGAUAUUGGAAGAUUCUUUCAAAAGAACAAACAAUAUGAAUAUGACAAUGAGGACAGAAAAAAUGCAUUAAAAAAGGUAAGGGUUUUGUUAAACGCAAUUAUGCUUCGUCGGUCUAAGGCUGAUAAAAUCGAUGGCAAACCUUUACUGGAGCUUCCGCCUAAAAUUGUGGAGGUAGACGAGUCAUGUCUCAAGGGGAAGGAGUUAGAAUUUUAUACAGCUUUAGAAUCAAAAAAUCAAGCACUGGCUAAAAAACUGCUGAAUAAUUCUACGAGGGGCAGUAAUUCUAGCAUUCUGACGUUGCUACUUCGUUUAAGGCAAGCUUGUUGUCAUUCAGAAUUAGUUAUCAUGGGUGAAAAAAAAGCAGAGGGUACAAAGGUAGCAAACGGGAAAAGCUUUGAAAAUGACUGGCUCAGGCUUUACUUCAAAAUUACUCAUAUGGAUGAGGAAACGCGGGCUCAAGUAAUUACUUCAAUGGAUUCCAUGACCUGUAUCUGGUGCAUGGGACAAUUAGAACCAGAAGCAAUGUCUGUUUUGACAGGAUGUGGUCAUUUAAUUUGCGACACCUGUAUUGAGCCCUUUAUUGAAGACUCUUCCAUGCUACCACAAGCCAAAAGAACCAACAAUGGGGCUUUGGCGCUACCGUGUAAAGAUUGCCAGAAUUUAACGAAUGAGAAAGAAAUUGUUUCACACAAAUUGUAUGAUCAGGUGGUAAACCAGGAGUUUACCACGGAAGAUUUACACGCAGAAUAUUUAAGUGAAAUGGAGAAGCAAAAAUUGCAGCAAAAGAACGUUUAUGUGCCCAAUUUUGAGACUUUAGAGCCGUCGUCGAAAAUAGAACAAUGCAUGGAUGUUAUACAAAUGGUUUUUGAUGAAUCACCAACUGAGAAAGUCAUUAUUUUUUCUCAAUUCACUACAUUCUUUGAGAUUCUUGAACAUUUCCUGAAAAGUAGACUGAAAGUUCCUUAUCUCAAAUAUAUCGGAUCUAUGAAUGCCCAGAGAAGAUCUGAUGUUAUCAAUGAGUUUUAUCGUGAUCCUGAAAAGAGGAUACUUUUGAUAUCUAUGAAAGCGGGUAAUUCAGGGCUAACAUUGACAUGCGCGAACCAUGUAGUUAUCGUUGAUCCAUUUUGGAACCCAUACGUCGAAGAGCAAGCUCAGGAUCGUUGUUAUAGAAUAAGUCAGACAAAAAAAGUCAAAGUUCAUAAACUAUUUAUCAAAAAUUCUGUUGAAGAUCGUAUUUCUGAAUUACAGAAAAGGAAAAAGGAGAUGGUCGAUUCUGCCAUGGAUCCAGGCAAAAUCAAAGAAGUGAAUAGUCUAGGACGUCGAGAAUUGGGGUUUUUAUUUGGUUUAAACGCUCUUUGA